AUGAAAGAAACCUCUUUCCACAUAACUUAUACCAAAAAAACUGUACCAAAAAAACCUAUACCAAUACGAUUACAGAAUUACCUGUUUGUGAAAACUAAUGCUUUAUGUGAAAUCCAAAAAUUUUUGAUACAUUUGAUACAUAUACAUUUUUUCUUUCUGUGCAUUGCAGCACAUGAAAAUUUUAUAUUAAGCUUUGUGCGCUUCCCGGAAGAAACGGAAAGUGAAUCAUUUUUUUGGGAGAAAGUAAAAGAUAUUUACCAUGAAACCCGUUGCCAUGCUUUGUGUUUUACCCCCGAUACUUCACUUAUGAUUAUACCAAAAAAUGUAACAUUCUGUGCAGCAGGCUCAGAUUUCUUGCUUCGAAUAUUUCGUACAGAUCUUCAAAAUUCAGACACAGUACAAACAUUAAAAGGUCAUACCAACUAUGUUAACGAGAUUAGCUGGAGUAAUAAAUGCGAAUUUUUGGAAUUAGUAAGUGAUGACAAUUCGUGCAAAAUCUGGUGUUUUGAAUCAAACUAUGAUAACAUCAUUACAUUUUGUUUGUCAUCGGCUGGUAUGUCGGUAAAGUGGCAUCCCGACGACCCAAAUAAGGUGAUGGUAGCCGAAAAAAAGGGUGUCAUACAUAUGUACAAUGUGCGUUCACAGCAGUCUGUCAUAUCUGUUGAAUGUCCAAAAAUUCCAUUAUUGACUGCUGAUUGGGCUCUAAAUAAUUAUCACAUUAUUACUGCCUUAUCCAAUUCUUUACAGUGUAUGAUACAUGUACCGAUAAUGGUACAUACGCCGACGAAAAAUAUAUAUUUUCUCUCAUAAACAUAAAAAAGUAUUUUAUGAAAGUAUUUUUUUAGCGUGUACCGAAAACAGUACAUGUAACUUUAGAAAAGUACCUACUCAUAAGUAGCUUGGCGGGGAGUCCGUUCGAUAACUAACUCUGUUGUGGACUUGCUUGCUUUAUUGUCUUUUCAACAAGAUAAUAGAAGCUUCCUGCAAAAGUGUCUGCCGAAUGGCACAGCACUGCGUGGUAUAUUUUCUGCUUCUGAAACGUGAUUGGUGAUCUCCAACUAAAAUUAAAUGGGCCAAGUUUCACUAAACAUCUUGACAUCUUACGCUGGUGAAGAUUAUGUGUACCUUUGAUGUCUUUACCCCUCCUAUUCUUAUGUAAUAUUUACGCAAUGUGGCGUCGCGAUUAUUAAUAUAAUAAGCGUGAUAGGUGGAAAACGAAUCAUGUGGAAGAGAGAAUAACUUGCAUGAUAAACGAAGGAAGAAUGACAUAAGCAGUCAGUCUUCUUAUUAUUCUUAUUCCGCUAUUAUUUUGAACAUAAUUGUAUAUAUAUAUGUAUAUAUGUGUUCAUAUGAGGUGUAGAUUAGAAUUGAGUAGAACAUUAGUUGAAUUGUAAUUCUAGAGACUAGACAUGUCACUCAUUAUUAGCUCGGCAAGCGAUUUGCCCCACCAUCCAAUCAUUUACUCAUUCAGUAACUUGUUCAGUGCAGCAGUCAGUCAGUCAAUCAUUCAAUCGCGCAUUUAUUUUAUUUCAUUGUAUUUACUAUGUAUUCGUUGCAUAACGCCACUACGGCAAAGUCAUUUCCGAUUACCUGCAACAUCUUUUAAUAGAUUUGUUAAACGUAACGUUAUAAAUAAUGUGCCAAAAAUUAAAUUGAACAUCGAACGAUCGAUUGGGCGCUCGAUCGUUAAGCGGAUUUCGUAUGCAAAGCAUGAAAAGAACUAAUUUUAAUCAUCGCAGAACCAUUGCAGUCAGCGGCCGGUUGGCAAAUGUGAACUUUGUCCUCUGCGCGGAGGGUCUUCACUGCAGUGUUAAUAUAUUUGUGGAAUUACAAAAUUGCAAUAAUUCUCUGGGUUCAAUAUGUGUACGUGCCUUGGAAAAAGUAUUUAUUUAAUUAUUUAUUUGAUUUGUCUUUCUUUUUAAGAAACACAUUGCGUCUCUUGGCUCUUUUUUUUUUUUUUAA